AUGUUGGGACUGAAAAGUUGUUUGACUAUUCUUAUUGGAUAUGUUAUUGCUGUAUGUGCUCUGUUUUCCGGCAAAGGUAAAAAGCCAUCAUUAGCUGAUUGGGAGAAGCUAAAGGAUCAAAAAUUAUCGAGUAUAGAUAACUUCGGGUUGUCUGGCCACUCUUUGUUACAGUUCUUCCAGGAUAACUUGGCAUUUCUAAGCUACUCUAAGGAUAAUUAUCGUCACAAACACGUUUCCUUGUAUUAUGAUGUUUUCAAAGAAUAUAUCCUGCGUAGUGCUGGCACGAAGAAAUGCUUGCCCGUAAACUCUGCUAUUGCGAAGUUGAACAAGGAUGUCAAUCCCAUGCCAGUUCACUCUCAUAAUGACUAUUGGAGAAAACUGCCGCUUUUUGAAGGCCUGGCCUACGGUGCAAGGAGUACUGAAGCUGACGUGUGGAAUAUGGAUGGGAAGAUUCUAGCUGUGGGCCACAAUGAAGCGUAUUUGGAUCCGGUCGAAUUGACACUGGAUAAAUUAUACACCAGUCCACUUUUGCGGAUUCUAGAUGAGGUUAAUUGCCAAGAUUCAGAAUCUGAUCGCAAGAAUGGUGUAUUUUUUAAUUCUCCUGAAUCCACACUUUUCUUUUAUAUAGACUUCAAAUCCGAUGACAACGAAUUGACUUACAAGUUAUUGAUGCAGGAAUAUUUUAAGCCCUUGAUUGACUCUGGUUAUUUGACAUACUAUGAUAUGAAAAAGAAUGAAAUUGUUUGGAAUCCAGUUACCGUGGUAUUAACAGGUAACUAUCCAACGUCAUUGGAUAUUUUGGAUAAUGGGAAUUAUGACGGUUAUUUCAAGUCGAAUCAAAGGUUCGCAUUUUUGGAUGCGCCAUUGUUGGAUCUGGAGCCCAAGUACUCAAGUCUCUCUGUCGUUGCGACAGCUUCAUUUAACCAAUUAAUGGAGCAUUGUGGUUCUGAUCACUGGAAGGUAUCACUAAGAGGCCAUAUGGAUUCAAACGAGAUCAAUUGCGCUAAAAAAGUAAUUGAUGACGCCCAUGCGCUGGAACUUAAAACAAGAAUCUGGGGGGCUCCCGAAUGGCCGGCUAACACGGUUAAAACUAUUUCCCACCAAAUUGUACAUGACUUGGGUUCCGAUCUACUUAACCUGGAUGAUUUGUUAAUGGCAUCGUCACUGAUUUAA